AUGCCAGUGUGACAAUGGAUGGGUACUCGGUGCAUAAAGUAAUAGGUGAAGGGUCCUUUGGUCGGGCACUACUUGUCCAAUCCAGAAUCAACCAUGAGAACUAUGUCAUGAAAGAGAUCCUACUCCCAAAGACACAAUCCAAGAUGGCGAACACCAGAAGAGAAGCUGUGCUCCUGUCCAGGAUGAAACAUCCCAGCAUAGUGGCCUUCAGGGACUCUUUUGAAGGUGACGGCCACCUCUACAUAGUGAUGGAGUUCUGUGGUGGAGGAGACCUGCUCCAGAGGAUACAACAACAGAGGAACAUCCUGUUCUCACAGGAAACAAUCCUGAAGUGGUUUGCUCAGAUGUGUUCUGGUACGAUGCACAUCCAUGACAAACGGGUCCUACACAGGGAUCUCAAGUCCAAGAAUAUCUUCCUGACAGACGAUGGGAGGGUGAAGCUGGGUGACUUUGGCUCAGCCUGUGUUCUAAACAGUGCGAAGGUCUACGCUCACACGUACGUUGGAACGCCUUACUAUGUGUCUCCAGAGAUCUGGGACAGUAAGCCGUACAACAACAAGAGCGAUGUGUGGUCUCUCGGCUGUGUCCUCUACGAGCUCUGCACCCUGCGACACCCGUUUCAGGCUCCUAGUUGGAAGAGUCUGAUCAUGAAGGUGUGCCGUGGUUCCUACCCUCCUCUUCCCCAACACCUGCCCUAUGAGCUGCACUACCUGGUCAAACAGAUGUUCAAGACCAACCCCAAAGACCGUCCGUCCCUCCACACCAUCCUCACGUCUCACCGCGUAGCCGGUCUCCUGCACCGACACCUGCCCAACAAGGAGUCGGAGAGGAGAACAGGGAGAUGGAGGAGAGAGGAGGGGGAGAAGGUGGCCUCACUCCUGGGGCAGAAGACCCUCAUCACAGGCUCUACCCUGGAGGGUCUGGAGAUCUGUGUGGCCCCUGCUGAGGCCCCUGCUGAGAGCAGCACCAGUAGAGAGCAUUGUGGCCCUCGUAGACAGUGGGCCCCAGGCCCCUCAGACACAGCUCUACAGGUGUUGGCUAACACAGACCUCCUCUCCUCUGGGAGUCUGGCAACCACAGGCCAGACACAUUCAGAGAACAGAGAGCGGAGACGAUGGGACAGGAGUCCACCAGAGAGGUUACUGAGACUGUUAGAGAAAGCCCAGCUCUCCACCGCUUUCAGAACCUACUCCAUACACACAGAAGGUGAAGACCCUCUGGUAGGCCCCCUGUCCCAGGGAGGAAGGGACGACACAGACGGACCGACAGCUGGACAGACAGAGGAUGAAGAACGGCUGCAACCACGGUCUGAUGAUGAGGAUACAGACUUUGAAGAGGACUGUCCCUGUGACUGGAUGGAGGAACUAGAGCAGAUGUCUAUGGACCACUGAUACCUAGCGGUCUGCCUAGCUAGCGGUCUGUCUGUCUGGCUAGCUAGCAGUCUGUCUGCCUGGCUAGCUAGCGGUCUGUCUGCUUAGCUAGCUAGCGGUCUGCCUACCUAGCUAGCUAGCGGUCUGCCUAGCUAGCUAGCGGUCUGCCUAGCUAGCUAGCGGUCUGCCUAGCUAGCUAGCGGUCUGCCUACCUAGCUAUGUCCACAGGAUGUGCCACAAUACACGCAAUUACAAUACACACUGCCACAAUACAGGCUGUCACAAUACAGGCUGUCACAAUACAGGCUGUCACAAUACAGGCUGUCACAAUACAGGCUGUCACAAUACAGGCUGUCACAAUACAGGCUGUCACAAUACAGGCUGUCACAAUACAGGCUGUCACAAUACACGCUGUCACAAUACACGCUGUCACAAUACACGCUGUCACAAUACACGCUGUCACAAUACAGGCUGCCACAAUACACGCUGCCACAAUACACACUGUCACAAUACAGGCUGUCACAAUACAGGCUGUCACAAUACAGGCUGUCACAAUACAGGCUGCCACAAUACACUCUGCCACAAAACCCACAGAUUGCAUUCCAUCUUAUCUAUUACAUAUGAAUGACUAAAUGACAGCACUUUAAUACAACUGAAACGAGUCAACAAACUUCCCGUUUCCUGUGGGGGAUGUUCAUUUGAUUUCCAUAAAGAUAAUUUACAUAACAAUGGAGUCCUUCGGCAUUCACUCCUUUCCAGAGCGGCCUACAAUCAAUCAGCCCGUUCAACGACAGUAGAUACAUCAACUAGCGCAAUCACUGUACAAGAGAAACCUUCAAACACCCAGCUGUCUGCAAAAUCAAUACUAGUAAGUGUAAAGUCCCUCCCUGUUUCAGCCCUUCAGUUAGUCACUCCCUGUUUCAGCCCUUCAGUUAGUCCCUCCCUGUUUCAGCCCUUCAGUUAGUCCCUCCCUGUUUCAGCCCUUCAAGUAGUCCCUGUUUCAGCCCUUCAAGUAGUCCCUGUUUCAGCCCUUCAGGUAGUCCCUCCCUGUUUCAGCCCUUCAGGUAGUCCCUGUUUAAGCACUUCAGGUAGUCCCUGUUUCAGCCCUUCAGGUAGUCCCUGUUUCAGCCCUUCAGGUAGUCCCUGUUUCAGCCCUUCAGUUAGUCCCUCCCUGUUUCAGCCCUUCAGGUAGUCCCUGUUACAGCCCUUCAGUUAGUCCCUCUCUGUUUCAGCCCUUCAGUUAGUCCCUCCCUGUUUCAGCCCUUCAGGUAGUACCUCCCUGUUUCAGCCCUUCAGUUAGUCCCUCCCUGUUUCAGCCCUUCAGGUAGUCCCUGUUUCAGCCCUUCAGUUAGUCCCUCUCUGUUUCAGCCCUUCAGUUAGUACCUCCCUGUUUCAGCCCUUCAGUUAGUCCCUCCCUGUUUCAGCCCUUCAGUUAGUCCCUCCCUGUUUCAGCCCUUCAGGUAGUCCCUCCCUGUUUCAGCCCUUCAGUUAGUCCCUCCCUGUUUCAGCCCUUCAGUUAGUCCCUCCCUGUUUCAGCCCUUCAGUUAGUCCCUCCCUGUUUCAGCCCUUCAGGUAGUCCCUCCCUGUUUCAGCCCUUCAGGUAGUCCCUCUCUGUUUCAGCCCUUCAGUUAGUCCCUCUCUGUUUCAGCCCUUCAGUUAGUACCUCCCUGUUUCAGCCCUUCAGGCAGUCCCCCUCUGUUUCAGCCUUUCAGGCAGUCCCCCUCUGUUUCAGCCCUUCAGGCAGUCCCCCUCUGUUUCAGCCCUUCAGGCAGUCCCCCUCUGUUUCAGCCCUUCAGGUAGUCCCUGUUUCAGCCCUUCAGGUAGUCCCUCCCUGUUUCAGCCCUUCGGGCAGUCCCUCCCUGUUUCAGCCAUUCAGUCAGUCCCUCCCUGUUUCAGCCCUUCAGGCAGUCCCCCUCUGUUUCAGCCCUUCAGGUAGUCCCUGUUUCAGCCCUUCAGGUAGUCCCUCCCUGUUUCAGCCCUUCAGGUAGUCCCUCCCUGUUUCAGCCCUUCAGGUAGUCCCUCCCUGUUUCAGCCCUUCAGGUAGUCCCUCCCUGUUUCAGCCUUUCAGGUAGUCCCUCCCUGUUUCAGCCCUUCAGGCAGUCCCUCCCUGUUUCAGCCCUUCAGGCAGUCCCUCCCUGUUUCAGCCCUUCAGUUAGUCCCUCCCUGUUUCAGCCCUUCAGUUAGUCCCUCCCUGUUUCAGCCCUUCAGUUAGUCCCUCCCUGUUUCAGCCCUUCAGUUAGUCCCUCCCUGUUUCAGCCCUUCAGUUAGUCCCUCCCUGUUUCAGCCCUUCAGUUAGUCCCUCCCUGUUUCAGCUCUUCAGGUAGUCCCUGUUUCAGCCAUUCAGGUAGUCUCUGUUUCAGCCCUUCAGGUAGUCUCUGUUUCAGCCCUUCAGGUAGUCCCUCCCUGUUUCAGCCCUUCAGGUAGUCCCUCCCUGUUUCAGCCCUUCAGGUAGUCCCUCCCUGUUUCAGCCCUUCAAGUAGUCCCUGUUUCAGCCCUUCAAGUAGUCCCUGUUUCAGCCCUUCAGUUAGUCCCUCCCUGUUUCAGCCCUUCAGGUAGUCCCUGUUUCAACCCUUCAGUUAGUCCCUCCCUGUUUCAGCCCUUCAGUUAGUACCUCCCUGUUUCAGCCCUUCAGUUAGUCCCUCCCUGUUUCAGCCCUUCAGGUAGUCUCUGUUUCAGCCCUUCAGGUAGUCCCUGUUUCAGCCCUUCAGGUAGUCCCUGUUUCAGCCCUUCAGGUAGUCCCUGUUUCAGCCCUUCAGGUAGUCCCUGUUUCAGCCCUUCAGGUAGUCUCUGUUUCAGCCCUUCAGGUAGUCCCUCCCUGUUUCAGCCCUUCAGGCAGUCCCUCCCUGUUUCAGCCCUUCAGUCAGUCCCUCCCUGUUUCAGCCCUUCAGGCAGUCCCCCUCUGUUUCAGCCCUUCAGGUAGUCCCUGUUUCAGCCCUUCAGGUAGUCCCUGUUUCAGCCCUUCAGGUAGUCCCUGU